AUGACUUCUCUUAUUAAGCGAGUGGCGACUAUUAUGAACGAGAUUGCACCACUGCGUCUCGCUGACCAUUCAUGGGAUAAUGUUGGGGUUCUAGUGGAGUCUCCUCAGAGCAAUAACUCUGGUGUUGUUCUUUUAACAGUAGAUCUAACACCUGAAGUAAUGGAAGAGUGUCUGAAGCAUAACGUUGAGGUGGUGGUAGCAUAUCACCCACCUAUUUUUUCACCCUUUAAACGUCUCCAAUUAAGUAAUCCAAAACAGAAAAUAAUCCUACAGACUAUUCGUCAUGGAGCCUCUAUUUACUCUCCUCAUACCUCCUUGGAUGUGACGGCAAAUGGUAUCAACGAUUGGCUUGCUUCUAUCGUGGAUGCCAAAGGUAUUACUUACCCUAUUCAACCUACUGAAGAAGAAAGUAACGAUGCUAAUACAUCUGUAGGGAAUGGUCGUAUUGUUAAACUUUCUAAUCCCAAACAAAUGAGGGACUUAGUGAAUGAUAUUAAAACUGGUUUAGGUAUACCUACUGCUCGUGUAUCGCUACCAGAUAAUUGGAAUGAGAAGACACCUAUUCACUCUGUGGCUAUCUGUGCAGGAAGUGGUAGUGGUGUAUUUCGUUUACUAAAGGAAAAGGUGGACGUUCUUUUUUCAGGAGAGAUGGGUCAUCACGAUGUACUUGCUGCUAAUGCUGAUGGAAAGGCCGUUAUCUUGUGUGAGCAUACCAAUACGGAGCGAGGUUAUCUGAGAGCAAAACUACUCCCAAUGCUUCAAGAAAAACUUGGUAAUGAUAUUCGUGUUAUUGUAUCCGCAGUGGAUAAAGAUCCUCUUGUUAUUUGGUGA